CUCGGCAAGAGUGGGGUUCCAAGUCAAUGUCACAGCACAGCGGGAAGCUUGGUCCUGUCGCGAGCGGGAGCUUCUUUUUGGUGAAGAAUCCGAGCUUCUUUUGUUGCUACAACAUCCGCUGAACAAUCACCACGACAGAGACCCUCACACUUGCGCGCGCGCGGGACGACAUAUCAGCCGCGUCAUCUCAACUGUACAGAACAUUCACAAAGCUUGUGUAAUUAAGGUCGUCAACAACACCCGCGAGACAAAACACAGCGAGAGCAGCCUGUCUAACUUUUUAAAUCCGAGACCACUUCCCAUCUUGCUCUUCAACCUCAACUCUCACACCCAUACGGGGCACUGAACCGGCCAAAAUGAAACUCGAUCCCAAUAAAACCACCAUGUCCCAAAACUACCGCGGCUCCGGCUCCUUCGCGACCUUUCUCAUCAUAGGCCCGGUCUGCUUCUUUUUAGGAAUCCUCUUCGCCUCCUUCCCCUACGACUUCCCCCUCCUCUGGUCCCCCAACCCCAUCACCCCCCUCCACAUCUCCCAGAUCGAAACCCAUCUCCGCUUCAUGCACGCCGCCCCCCCUUUGAUCUCCCGCCUCCUCCACAUGAUCAUCGCCGUCGGCUUCCUCGGUUUUUUCACCAAGCUCUACCGCGCCGCCGAGUCCAACUUUUUGUUUGAUGGCGGCUCCUUGUUGCUCUAUCUCAUCGCUGCGGGGGUGUACAUCACCAACGUAGUCACGCCAAUGAAUGCGCUUGCCGAGCAGCUAGAGGGUGAGGGCGGAGAGAAGUUUGCUGUUCACAACGGACCGCUGACGGGGGAGGUGGAGCUGACGAGGGAGGAGAGCUUGAGGGUGCUGAGCGCGAGUCAUACUAUUUUGGCGUUUGUGCUGGUGGGGGUGUUGGUGCUGCAGGCGGGGCAGUGGUAUGCGGAGAAGAGGGAGAGGGAGGAUUAUGCAGCCUGGGUGGCGAGGGGGGAGCCGGUCGAGGUGAUGGAUUCGGAUGAGGAGCAGGAGAAGGAGGAGGAGAGGGGGGAGGGGAAGAAGGAUGCUUGAAUGUGUGGGGAUGAUAUGCCGGGAGGAGGGCGUUGGUAGUCAGGAUGGUGGUUUUUUUAUUCUUGGGAAUGAUGAUGGCAAGGAUUUCUUGGAUUCCUGUUCUAUUUGUUGGGAAUUUAUAUGCCUUGCAAACUGGGAGUGACAGUUGGAAUGAGAGGAGAGAGAGAAGGAUAACGUAGAUAUCUUUUAUAAUACCCCGGA